AUGUCCUCUGAUUUAAUUUCUAGGUUGUUUGGUAGUUUAGUUUCUUUUGAGCAGAUUGGUUGGGAGGUUCGUUUUUGGUGCAUUUUUUGGGAAGUGCAUAAGAGCUUUCAGUCUGCUGCUCCAAGAUCUCAGACUUUUGAGUGUUGGUGGUUUCUAGUGUGUCAGUUUACGAGGAGGCCCACCUCAGCGGCAGCUUGUUUCUUCGCAAUUAGUUUGCAGCUGGUUGUCAUUGUGCCAACUCUUAGAUUGCGUUUAAGUUUGGAUCUUGAUAGCUUGGAGAAGGAUCCCUAA